AUGGGCGACUCUUGGCUUCAUCGCGAGAUCCUCACCGGUCGCCGCCUCGCCUUCAACGUCAUUUUCUACGGCCUGCAACUGUUCUUCUUUGCCUAUGGCUGGUACAGUCAAGAAACCAACAAGAAGCUGUCCGCGCUCAACGGCCUCACUUGGUCCGUCUGGGUCUCGCGUGGCGCUGGUCUUGUCCUCGCCUUCAAUGGAGGCCUCAUCCUCGUCCCCAUGCUUCGCAACUUGAUCCGUGUCGUUCGCCCCAAGCUCACCUGGCUCUUCCCUGCGGAUGAAAACAUCUGGUUCCACCGUCAAGUCGCCUAUUCUAUGGUGUUCUGGUCCAUGGUUCACACCACUGCUCACUACGUCAACUUCUUCAAGGUCGAACUUACCCAGGUCCGCCCGGAGAUCGCCCUCGACAUCCACUACACUCAGCCAGGAGGCAUCACUGGCCACUUUAUGCUUUUGAUCAUGCUUUUGAUCUACACGACGGCGCACCACAAGGUCCGCCACCAGUGCUUCGAGGCAUUCUGGUACACGCACCACCUUGCGUUCUUCUUCAUGCUCGGUCUCUACACCCAUGCCACCGGAUGCUUCGUUCGCGACUCCCCGGGACCCGACUACAUCUCUAGCUUCCCCUUCUACAGCACGGAACACUGCUUGGGAUACUUGAGCUGGCGGUUCACCAUCUGGCCUGGCAUUAUCUACUUUGGAGAGAGGAUGUGGCGCGAGAUUCGUGCAAGGCGUGCCACCCGUCUGUCAAAGGUCCUUGUCCACCCCAGCGGUGCUAUGGAGCUGCGCAUCAUCAAGCCUAGCUUCAAGUACGUUGCCGGCCAGUGGUUGUUCAUCCAGGUUCCGGAUAUCUCUGGCUUCCAGUGGCAUCCGUUCACAAUUACCUCUGCGCCGGAGGACCCGUACGUUUCCGUUCACAUCCGUCAGGUCGGUGACUGGACCUAUGCAUUGGGAGAGCGUGUCGGUGCUGGCCCUCAAGUUGUUGCCUCGAUGACCAAGGCAGCGAUGAAGGGAAGCGAGAAGAACGAUGGCGUCUACGGUGUUCGUGGUGAUUUCGUCGAGAUCGACGCGACUGGUCGUAACCUCCCGGCCGUGCGCAUCGACGGUCCCUAUGGAGCGCCUGCUGAGGAUGUCUUCAACGCCGAGGUUGCUAUUCUCGUCGGUGCUGGUAUCGGUGUUACUCCAUUCGCGUCAAUCCUCAAGCAUAUCUGGUACCGCCAGAAGAAGGGCACCCUCGGCUCUCUCAAGCGCGUCGAAUUCUUCUGGGUUUGCCGUGACGCUCCCUCGUUCGGAUGGUUCCAGACGCUUCUCCAAGAAGUCGAGGCCGCUCAGGCCGACCCCAACUUCCUCCGUAUCAAUAUCUACCUCACCCAAAAGAUAUCGGAGGACAUGCUCUGGAACAUCGCUGUGAACGACGCUGGCGCGGAAUACGACCCUCUCACUCUCCUCCGCACCCGCACCAUGUUCGGUCGCCCCGACUGGAAGUCGAUCUACAGCCGCAUGAACCAGGCGAUUCAAGCGGGCCAGUACAUCCCCGGCACCAAAUCCCAGCUCAAGAGUCGUGUCGCUACGUACUUCUGCGGUCCUGGCGUUCUUGCCAAGGCGAUCAAGGAGGCCUGUGUGGAGAACAACAACUCCGCCGUCGAGUUCUCUUUCGCGAAGGAACAUUUCUAA